CCAUAUAGGAAGCUUGAAACCUCGUAGUUUGUAGGCACAGGGGCAGGGGAAGCAAUGGCUUUACAAAUGAGCUGUCAGAACAACAGGCAGAAGCAUGUCGAUUUGAGUGAUGGUGGAGGAGAAAAAUGGGUCAAAUAUUAUUCUUCACAUCAUCAAAUACUGUUGGUGGGUGAGGGUGAUUUCUCCUUCUCCCUUUGCUUGGCUCAAUCCUUUGGUUCAGCUUUCAACAUCGUUGCUUCUUCCCUUGACACCUAUGAUCAAGUUGUGAGGAAGUACAAGAAGGCGAUGUCAAAUUUGAUUGCCUUAACAAAAAUGGGAGCAUGUGUGUUGCAUGGAGUUGAUGCAACCCAAAUGAAAUUUCAUCCAUACUUGGAAAUGAGGAGAUUUGAUAGAAUUAUAUUCAACUUCCCUCAUGCAGGCUUUCAUGGCAAAGAAGACAACUUCUCCAUGAUUCAGAAACACAAGGACCUUGUACGUGGGUUCUUUAUGAAUGCAAGUAGCAUGCUGAGGUCCAAUGGUGAAAUUCAUGUUAAUCACAAGACCAACCCGCCAUUUGAUGCCUGGUGCAUACCGGAACUUGGGAUUCGAAGCUUUCUAUGGCCAAUUGGGUGUAUGGAAUUCAGGAAAGAAGAUUACCCGGGUUAUAAUAACAAGCGAGGUGACGGGACCAGGUGUGAUGAGCCUUUCCCCCUCGGUAAGUGCAGCACGUUCAAGUUUGCCUUGUUAACAAAGAAUGACUUCUACCCCACAAGCCAAACAAUUCUGAGUAAUCAUCACUACCCUCUGAUAAGCCUCAAUCCUCACUCACCACCGUCAGCAAUUAGUUGCAGAAAUGGACACCUUCCAAUGUUAGAAGGAGGAGGAGGCUACUUAAACGGUGGAAUAGAUUUUCUGGGAAGAGCUGGUGAUGUUGGUGGAACCAGUUGUGAUUUGCAGAGAUCAUUGCGGUCUGAAUCAACUGUGUUUGGGCAUCCACAAACAGAUUAUGUUAUGAAUAUGGAUAUGAUUCUGGGGAAACAAGUUUCUGGUUAUGUUCAUGGAAUCAGUUCUGACUUACACAGAUCAUCACGACCUAAAUCAACUGAGUUUAGUUAUCCACCAACAGGACAUGUUAGAAAUAUGGAUACGAUAGGGGGAAGACACCUUCCAAUGUUAGAAGGAAGAGGAGGCUACUUAAACGGUGGAAUAGAUUUUCUGGGAAGAGCUGGUGGUGUUGGUGGAACAGUUGUG